AUGAACAUCGAAGUUGGGAACGUCUCUCAUACAGGAGCCAUCAUUUCCUGGUCGUCCUCAGAGCCCUGCCUGGAGGACUAUUACCAUAUUAUGUACAGGCCCAACUGGAACAGCAUCUUCUCCGGCUAUCUGCGUUACAGCUUCCACCACGAGGAGAAGGUGCCCCGAACAAUCAGCUCCGUGGUGCUGGAACACCUGGCACCUUCCACUCUCUACUUCCUGUGCAUCAGCUGCAAGAAGGCUGCCUUCCCCUACAGGCACUACUGCACCAUGUUCCAUACCCUGGAUAAGAGUCCACUGGCGGCCGGGAGCUCCCUGGUGGACCCCCAAAUCUCCCUGUGGGUGUUGAUGGCCAUUCUACUGGCCUGCUUCACAGCCGUCUUAGCUUUCAUCUGCCUCCAGUUCUGGUGCAUUCGUUGCCACGAGCCUCGAUGGUCUUACCGAGCUGGCCACAUGGAGGAAGCCAAUGGGUUGGUGAGAUGGCCAGAGGAGGCCCCCGCACUUGGGCAGAGAGAGGAAGACCUGCAAGGGCUCCCCCUGGUGGAAAUGCCACGCAAGAACUCCGGCGCUGAAGCAGAAGCAGAAGCAGAAGCCGAAGGGGAAGCCAACGAGGAUGAUGCAGCUGACCAGGAUGCCGCCAAUCAGGAUGUUCCUGACGUGGGUGCCUUGCUGAGGGGCGGUGGUGGUGAUCAUCCUGCCAUGCUGCCUCAUUUUAGGGAGUGAGAGGUAGGGAGGAGGCGGCCCGCGCGUUGUGUAGCUUAAAGCCCUCCAUACAGUAGAUCUUUUGUAAAAAUGUGUCCCUAGACCACCCAUUUGCCUCCCCUCAACUGUCAGUGCUCUUGUGGAUCAUCCGGGUUGGAUGAAUGCCCUAUGACAAAGCUUCUCAAGCUAGAAAGCAUAUACCCCCACAGUAUGCCAAAGGAGAAACAUGGUGUCUCUCAGGAGUGUCCAUUUAGGGGAGCCCAGUUAGGAAUGAAAAACAUUAUUUUAAUGUUAAAACAAACAUGAAUAUAUCAUGGCAUAGAAAGCAAAAUUUGCAUGACUUAAUAAAACACAGUACUUCG